AUGCCGCACAUCAAAAAUAACACGGAAAACCCCAAGUCAGAUAAAACUAAAGAAACGUCAGCCAUCACCCCUGCCAGCGCCGGGCUGUUGAACGCACCGAGAGGCACGCCCCAGGACUACCAAAACGGCCGCGCGGAGGUUUUGCAAAUCAAUAGGUACAGUCUUUUUCUCCCUCUGCACGAGCUCUGGAAGCAGUACAUCCGCAACCUGUGCAAUGGUCUCAAGCCAGACACGCAGCCAGAGAUGAUUCAGGCCAAGCUGCUAAAAGCAGAUCUGCAUGGCGCUGUGAUUUCAGUCACAAAAUCCAAGUGCCCUUCGUAUGUGGGAGUUACGGGAAUCCUUCUACAGGAGACAAAGUAUGUCUUCAGAAUCAUCACCAAGGAAGACCGCCUAAAAGUUAUUCCCAAGCUAAACUGUGUGUUUGCCGUGGAAAUCGAUGGCUUCAUUUCCUACAUUUAUGGGAGCAAAUUCCAGCUUCGGUCAAGUGAGCGGUCUGCAAAGAAAUUCAAAGCGAAGGGAACCAUUGACCUGUGAGCUGUCUGCUGCCUGAGACUCAACAGCAGCAGAAGAUUGGAAACGCCCUACAUACCCACCUUGCAGGCAAUAAACGGUUACACCAGUGCAGGCUAUAGGCCACCCCAGCCGGUAAAAACCCGUGAGGGACUUUUCUACCACGGGAGAUGUCCAUGUGAGUGAAGAAGUCAGGGAGCAGGCUGUGUAGAGUUAGAGUUGAUCUUAUUUUUGUAUCUCUCAGAGAAAAGACGUGCAGGAAAUACACCAGUGUUAAUAUUGGGUGUCUCGAAUGGUGGGAUUAUUAGAUUUUUGUUUCUUUUUCAUAGUUUUGAUUGUUUUAUGAUUAAUUUGUUGUUUACUCAAUAAAAAAAUAUACGUAUAUGGGCAUAAAAGGGCCCCAAAUAAAGGAAAUAUUCCCGCAGGUCAGCCAGGUUGUAAGGGCAGGGGAGUCUCAGAGUCGCACUCCUGCCGUGGAAAGCCCGCUGUCAGACACCGCUUUUCACAGUUUUGCACAUUGUCUUAAGUUCUGUCUGUGUCUGAACUCUGUGACUCAGCGGAGGCUUACCGUGCUCUUUGGAGAAUGCUGAGGCGGGUGGAUGGUGGCGCGGCCCAGUGACUCGGGCUCCGUCCCUGGAGGACUUAGAACCGGGCUGGACUGCAGAGGCCGAGCGCCAGGUCUAGUUGGGCUUGUCCGUGGUUGUUCUAGUACAGGCAGCUUAACUCUGCUAGCCUUCUCCU